AUGAAAAUAAUACUUUUGAAUGACAAAAAACCAAAACAAUACACAUCUUUCAUCAAAGUCGAUAGCAAUCCCAAGACAGAUAAGAAUGCCAUUGCUGAAGGUUUUAAUCACUUCUUCGUCUUAAUUGUCAAGACAAUCAGUGAAAAAUUAUCUCAAGGAUCGUCUAUAUCUUGCCAGUGACAGCAAUCACCGUUGCUAAGUUCUGAAGCUCCUUUUAGAAACAAAACCUUCGAGCGAAGUCCAGUAAGACCUGAAGUUGUUUACAAUGUUAAAAAAGCUAAAAACGAACAAAGCUACUGGACUAGACAACAUUCCUGCACGCUUGCUUAA